AAUUAUCUUGUUGUUUUCAGAUAAAAUUAGCUGACAGAUUGUAGGGUACACUAUACAGGAUGCGGGACAUAGAGAACGGGUUGGAGAACCUCACCAUCUCAUCCAAGGGAUCAGGCUGGUCAAAGAAAGGGAAGAAGAAACUAAAAAAUCAAAGAGAAUCUCUACCCAUUUUCAAAGUAAAGGAUGACCUGCGUCGUGCUCUGUAUAAGAACCAGGUCCUGUUGGUGGUUGGAGAAACCGGAAGUGGAAAGAGUACACAGAUUACUCAAUACCUCGUGGAGGCAGGUUACGCUGGUCGAGGUAUUAUAGGAUGUACACAGCCCAGGAGGGUUGCUGCAAUAUCUCUGGCUACCAGGGUUGCACAGGAGUAUGGUUGCAGGUUGGGAGAGGAGGUUGGAUACUCAGUCAGGUUCAAGAAACUAGUCUCUCAGAACACCAUCAUCAAGUACAUGACGGAUGGUACACUGCUCCGCGAGCUGCUAACGGACCCCAAGAUGGAGAAGUACAGCUGUAUUAUGGUGGAUGAGGCGCAUGAGAGAACUGUGAACACUGAUCUCCUCUGCGCUCUGCUGAAGAGGGUUCUCAAGGAACGGACGGAUCUCAAGGUUGUAAUUUCCUCUGCAACUCUGGAUAUUGACAAGUUUAAAGAAUACUUCUCUCAGGCUCCUGUGUUCAAUAUUCACGGUAGAAUGUUUCCCGUGUCUAUUUUAUAUAGUCCCAGUCCAUGUAACGAGUACAUGAAAACAAGUAUUGAGACGGUUAUUCAGAUUCACACAGAACAACCCCCAGGCGAUAUUCUGGUGUUCUUAACCGGACAAGAUGAAAUUGAAGAAGCAUGUAAGAAACUCAAUGAAAGGAAGGAACAAGUUGAAUCUAACUCUGGAAUUAAACUGAUAAUUUAUCCGGUCUACGGCGCUCUUUCUGCUGAGAAACAGAUGGCAAUUUUUGAUCCAACUCCCAGUGGUUCCAGGAAGGUUGUUAUUGCUACCAAUAUUGCUGAAACUAGUCUCACCAUCGAGGGUAUCAUGUACGUUGUGGACUCCGGCAAGGUGAAGCAGAGCAGCUACAAGCACUGUAAAGGAAUCGACUCCCUCCUGCUCUCCCAGAUAUCCCAGGCCGAGGCAGACCAGAGGUCGGGCCGGGCCGGCAGAACUGGUCCAGGGAUAGCAUACAGAUUGUACACGGAGCAGUUUUAUUGUGAAGAAAUGGAAUCAACUCCUGUGCCUGAAAUCCAAAGAACAAAUCUCUCCUCAACCUACCUUCAGAUGAAGGUUAUUGGUAUUGAAGAUGUGACUGAGUUUGAGUUUAUGGAUCCACCAUCUGAAGAAGCAAGGGAUCAUGCUCUCAAAAGUCUGAAGGAGCUGAAAGCACUGGAUAGCGAAGGAAAGAUAACUGAGCAUGGAAGAAAGAUGGCUGAAUAUCCUCUAGAUCCGUCCUUGGCUAAUAUGUUGAUCCAGUCCUCCACCCUCUCCUGCUCCAAACAGAUCUUAACCAUUGUCGCCAUGCUCUCCACUCAGCAGGCCUGUUUCUCCAGGCCAAGGGAUCAAUUAGAAGAGGCUGACAAGGCCAAGUUAAAGUUUAACCAGGCUGAGGGGGAUCUAUUUACUCUACUGCAUAUCUACAAUACAUGGAAAGAGAAGAAUCUCAGUGCUGAAUGGUGUUAUGAUAACUUUAUCCAGAUACAAACCCUCUAUAUAGCACAGGAUAUCAGGAACCAGCUUCAUAGGAUCAUGGUGAGCCAAGGAUUGAAUAUGAAAUCAACAGUUUACAUCACUACAAGGUUGCAGAAAGCUAUAUUCUCCGGGUUGAAGAUGAAUGUGGCGAAAAGAACUCAUGGGAAAGCUUAUAUUACAAGUGGAUUAGAGACUGUGUUCAUUCACCCGAGCAGCGCACUUUAUCAUCGAAGCCCCCUUUCCAUAGUCUUCAAUGAGGUCGUCAUGACAUCCAGAGCCUUUAUGCGCGAUGUUACUGUGAUUGAACCCAGCUGGCUGCUAGAGUUAACAGAGACAGAUUCCAGCUGUUCGACAUCAGUUACAAUGACUAAACCUGCCAAGUCCUCAGAUUACGAUGUCUGUGCCAAACCUUCCAAAUCUACAGUUCCAAGUGCCAAAUCUACAGUUCCAAGUGCCAAAUCUACAGUUCCAAGUGCCAAAUCUACAGUUCCAAGUGCCAAAUCAGUUCCAUGUGCCAAACCUACAAAGUCCUCAGGCCUGAAUGCUAAACCUGCUAAAUCUACCACUACAAGUGCUAAACUUACUAAAUCCAUAGGUCUGAGUGCAAAACCUACAAAAUCUGCAGUUCCAAGUGUAAAACCUAAAUCUACAGUUUUGGCGGCCAAACUUAGUAAAUCCACAGUUCCUAGUGCAAAACCAACUAAAUCUGCAGUCCCAAGUGCAAAACCAACUAAAUCUAUAGUUUGUGCGGCCAAACUUACUAAAUCAGCAGUUCCUAGCGCCAAACCUACUAAAUCCGUAGAUCUGGAUGCCAAACCUGCUAAAUCUACAGGUCGGAGCGACAAACUUACUGAAUCUUCGGGUAUGAAUGCUAAACUUGCUAAAUCUACAAUUCCAAGCGCCAAACUUACUAAAUCUGUAGGUCUGAGUGCAAAACCUACCAAAUCUGAAGUCUCAAGUGUCAAAUCUACUAAAUCUGCAGUUCCAAGAGUAAAACCAACUAAAUCUACAGUUUUGGCGCCCAAACUUACCAAAUCCGCAGUUCCUAGUGCCAAACCUACUAUACCUACAGGUCUCAGUGCCAAACCAGUUGAAUCUACAGUUCUGAGUGCCAAACCGGCUACAUGUACAGGUCUGAGUGACAAACCUGCAAAAUCUACUAUACCAAAUACCAAACCGGCUGAAUCCACCGUCUCAAAAGCUAAACCUGCUGAAUUCACCGUCUCAAAAGCUAAACCUGCUGAAUCCACCGUCUCAAAAGCUAAACCUGCUGAAUCCACCGUCUCAAAAGCUAAACCUGCCAAGACUAAAGAUGUCAAGGUAAAGACGGCCAAGGUUUCUGUUCAUAUCGUCAAGCUUACUGCCAAAUCUCCACCAGUCCGUAAACCUGUUAUAUCCCCCAUAAAGAAGGAUCCAGUUAGGUUUACUGAUCUCUCUAAAAGUAAGAAGCGUGUUAAAUCCUCCGGAGCUGGUUCUUCCUUUGUCCGGCAGCAUUAGCCGUGUAACCAAGUACAGUUAUAAACAAUGGUACAAAUUCUGAUCUGUAAGUAUUAUGUCCUCAAAAUUUAUUUUGUAUUUUUUAAGAACUUUGACAAACCCUGAUUUACAUUGAUUAUGAAUAAAUAGUAUGUUUCUAUUAAAAA